GUCUUCCUAGGAUUUCUGAUGUGAAAAUUUCCUUAACUGUUAACUGAGAAGGAAUACCGUAACAUGAAAGUUAAAGUGCAUUUAAGCCGAUUUUAAUUUAAGCCCACCUGACUUCAAUUAACCAACUAUAUCAUAAGAAUUCACAAUGACAUGUUUCUUCAUCUGGCGUGUUUUGCUGGAAAUGAAUCACUAAGUAGAUGCUCUUGGUGAAGUAGUGGAUAGAUGUGUGAAUCAAAUGUAGACCCACAUUUUGUGGGCUGCAUAUCUCAACAUGGCAAACCACCUGAGUUGUUAAAUUCUAGUACAUCUGUAAGUGAUCUUAGUGAAGCAGCAUCUGACAUGAGUCUUUCUACCUCACCUGGAAGUGAUAUCCCAUCACAGUCACAAUCUCUCAAGGAUUUUGUUCCUACAUCCACAUCUAUUGUGGAUGGGAGUAAAACUUCACAGCAGUUAAAAAAAAGAGUUGUGGUUCGUCAGUUGUCAUCCAAUCCGUAUCUGACAAGUUCUGAAAUGUCUUCAUCUGAAGAGCACCCUGUUGUUAAAGGCUCCCACUCAUAUGCUGCAGGUGAAAGUAGACUGUAUAGCGGAAACAAUGAAUCCUAUCCAGAUUAUUGCUUAUCAGAACUUGUCAACAGGGAAUUGCCACAAAAAGCCAACUCAUAUCCUUUAACAUCUAAUUGCUUUUGGGAAAGCGAUGAGGAUGAUGAUAAUGACAAUGGAAAUGAUGAUAUUCAGAAACGGGUUAACUCUGUCAUACUUGACAACAACCAUCCUAAAACCACAGAUUGCAAUAAUAUUUCAGAUGAGAAGAUAACUUUUCCUAACCACAAACAAAAUGAACAAACUGAUAUAUCCUUAGCAAAUGUUAGUUCAGCACAACUCCGUAAUCCCCAGAAGUUAAAUGCUAAUAUCCACAAUGAAAGAGGUGAAAUACCUGAAGAUCAACGACAUUAUCACUACAGUCAUCAGAUGCAACACCAUCAACAACAACACUAUACAAAUGCAAACAGUUUGCCAAAAAAGGACAGUAUUAUCAACACAUCUAGCAAAAAACUAAAUGGGUUGAAGUGGUGCAACAAUCAAAAUGAGAUCAAUGGGGAGAACUGUUCUGUCACUUCAAAACAAUAUACUGAAGAUUCACAAGGACCCCCUAAAAGCCAAAAUAUAAACUCAUGGGGACAUUUUUACAAACCUUCAGCAGAAAGUCACUACAAGUACAGGCGAAGUCACUACUCCAGUGAUAGCGAUGAAGAGGAUAGCCCAACUGCCAACUCAGAAGAAAGCACAAACAGAAAUUCUAUCAGCAAAGCUCCUGGUAAAUUUAAUUACCAAGACAAAGUUUCUUCUCAGUCCUAUAUGCAUAAAAAUAAUCACAGCACAAUAGCACAAUCUAGAGUUUCAGAGAAAAAAAGCUGGUCUCAGAAUGGUAUGAAACCGAUUGAAUUCAAGGAAAGGUUUCAGUUGAUUAAGAAAUGGUUUUUUGAAUGUAAUGAUGGACAGAAAAAUAUUGUUUUAAAAGGAUUGCUGCACAUGUGUCAGCUGCCCCAGCUACACCUGUUAUCUGUUCAUAUGUCUAAAGAGCUACAUCAUGGAUGUCCUUCUAACUGUGAAGAUAUAAUCACAUGGCUUCCCUCAAGUUUGGCUACCAAAGUUAUUUCCUAUCUUGACCCUGUCAGUCUCUGUAGGUCAGCACAAGUAUGUAAAGUCUGGCGACAAAUAGCUGAAGACCAGUCUUUGUGGAGGAGAUUUUGCUGCCAAACCAAAUGGAGAUUAUCUAAAGCUGCUGAACACAAGCAGGUUAUAAGUCACAUGUCUCCUGAAGGAAGCAUUCAGUGGAAAAAUGUUUUUGCUGAAAGAUUUCGAUUACGUAACAACUGGUUAAAGGGCAGGUGUACAGUAAGAACAUUUGAAGGACAUCUGCAAGGGAUAUCUUGUGUUCAGUUUGAUGAUUCUCGAAUAGUCAGCGGGUCUUCUGACAAAACAAUUAAAGUUUGGAAUAUGAGGACUAAUGCCCCUUGGUCAGUACAGACAUUAAUGGGGCAUCAUGGGACUGUUAGGUGCUUACACCUGGAGGGCAACAGAUUAGUUAGUGGCUCAUGUGAUAAAACUAUAAAGGUUUGGGAUUUAUCUACUCAAGAAAGUUGGUCAUCUAUUGCUUGUAAAGUCACCAUGACAGGUCAUCUGGAUACUGUGAGAUGCCUUCAGGCGGAUGAUGAUAAAGUUAUCAGUGGAUCAUAUGACAAGACAUUGAAGAUAUGGGAUUUAAAAUCUGGCAACCUCAGGACUACAUUAAGAGGUCACCAGGCAUCUGUCUUAUGUGUCCACUUCAGUGAAACAAAAAUUGUUUCUGGGUCUGCAGACAAAACCAUCAAUGUUUGGAACCAUGAAGGUAGAUGUAUGAUGACACUCCGUGGACACCAAGAUGCUGUUACCUGUCUGAUGUUUGACUCAACCCGUAUAGUUAGUGGCUCAUUAGAUCAUAAUUUAAAAUUUUGGGACAUCCACACUGGGAAGUGUCUGAAUACCAUAGACUGGAAAGAAGCAGAAGGCCACACAGAUGUGGUCAGGUGUCUCCAGGCUGAUAGCUGGAGAGUUGUAAGUGCUGCUGAUGAUAAGACAAUCAAGGUAUGGAACUUGGCCACUGGGGAAAGGCUAGUGACUCUGAGAAACCACACAGAUGGAGUAACUUGUCUCCAGUUUAAUGAUUUCAUCAUAGUGUCUGGAUCCUAUGAUAAGACUGUCAAGUUGUGGGACUUCAGUUGCUGUUAAGGAAGAAAAUAUUUCACCCCAGUCCAAGUAUGUUCACAACUCAUUACCCUAGAGAUUGUCCUUACCUACAUGUGUUAUGUCAAACUAUUGCCUCAUUGCAUAAUAAUCUGUUGCAUAUUUGGCUAGUUUUAUUUUAUAAUUUAUAUUAGCCAAAUAAAAGAGAAGUAUUUAUAUUUUAUUACUAUAUGUAUUUUUUUCUGCGACUUCAGUUUUGCUUAUUGAACUAGUUUUCUCCACCAGUUGUCAAUGAACAUAAUACUAGAAUACAAGAGCUCAGAUGGCAUUUAUUGGUGAAGAUUUAGAUAGUCCCAUCCACAUUGCACUAUGAUAAAAAAAAAUGUGGAAGGAGUUUUACUUACACCUCUGUGUUAAAACUGUUUAUUACAUCACAAAAUCACGUCCCACCUCUUUAACUAGAAUUGCUUUUUCUAAUAAUCAAGUGCAAUUGUUAAAACUUAUAUGUUUAUAAAAUUUAAUUGAUAUUUUGCUUCACAACUUAUGUAUUAGAUUAGAUUAUUGUGUAAUGCCCUUUAUAUGUUUAGCUAAAUUAUACUUAAAUGUUGUUUUGCUGUUGUUUUUUAAGCAUGUGCCAUGUAUUCAUCGCCAAACUUUCCCUACUGUAUUUUAAAAAAAAUUAACAUUUGUUAUGAUACUCAGUAAACUUUGGUUUGGUAUUACAGCAUAAACUCAUGGAUUUCCCUCCCCUCCUCCUCAAACCUUCAAAAUAAAAUACCUUGAUGGCAAACAUUCCACAAUGUAAACUUAUUUUUAAACAUAUUUAAAUAUUUAUUUAAAACAAAUAAAAAAAGAUGUAUAUUUGGAUCAUAAAAUCUGAAUAAUUUAUAAACUUGAGUCUCUUAAAGAAACAAGUGUUACAGUAGCUAACCCUAUAUAACACAAUUUCUUUGUUUCAUAUUAUUUUAUAUAGAGAUGACAAAAAGUCAUAUUUUAAAACAUUACAAUGGAGUCAGUUAUUCAACACAUACAUUUUUUGUUAAUUAUAAGGGUUUAAAAUAUGUUUAAUAUAGAAGUUGAAGGUUGUAGAGUUCCAAAAACUUAAUGAUAGCUAGUUAAGAUUGGGGCUUAGUUCAGUCAUUAAAUGGCUAUUGUAAAUUGACCAACUUUGUGAUAAUAAUGACAUUGUUCUUACUUUAUUCAGAUAGUAACACUUAAGUAUCUUAUCAUCCACUCAGUUUAGCAGGGCUCUUAACAAUAUAUAACCAUCAAUUCUUUAGAUGCUUCUACAUGAUGUUAUCCCCUUGAUGGAUCUGUGUGAUAUUUUACAACCACUGCCCUUUUUAUGUUCCCCCCAUCCAAUUUUUUAAAUGUAUAAAUAAGAUUUAUUAUUUUGUACAAUUAGUUAACUUUUUGUUUAUGUCAAUAUGUAUGUAUAGAGUGUCAAAAAUUGCUUUUGUCAUCAAAGUACACAGCAUUAUGGUAGAAGAUGAAUGAUUGUUGUUCUUGCAUCUGAUGUGAACACUCAAUUACCCAUUGCUUCUCUAAAAGCAAACAAGCACCAUGGUUUUAAAAUAAUUUUAGAACAAAACAGUAUUAUGCCAACUAUCUUUCCAUAACACUAGUAGAAAGUCACAAUUAUGGAGGAUCUGAAAUGGUAUUUUUUAUCUUAAAAUAAUACUAGUAGAAAUAGGCUUACAUACCUGUUUUGUACAAAGAAAAUUUUGGAUGUAAAAACAUUGCAUUUAAAUAUUUAAAACAUUCUUUUGUGUCAUUGUUGUCAUUUUAAAACAUUAUGGUUGACUUAAUUGUUCCCGAUAUUGCUUUCAUGUGCUUCAAUAGUUGCUGGUAGUUUUUUGUUUCUUCAACACUUCAGGUCUGUAUUGUAGCUUAAACCAAGUUUCUGUUGUUACCUCAGUAAGGUAGUAAUAUGCUCAUAGGAUUUUUCUAUCUGUGCCUUGUAAUACUGAUAUUAGCUCAUGCCUAAAAGUAGGUUUUUAUUGGUAGUGUUUUGUGAAGGAAAGUUUAUGAUGUGAAAUUGUCAGGACAUUUAUAAAAUGAAAUGAUUGUAAUCAUUAUGUAGCUGUAAAGAUGAAUACUAGUCAUGUUUGUAUGGAAAUUGUACAUUGAUUCUGUAUUCCUGAAACAUCCCAAGAAAAAGUUCUUUACUUGAACAUUGAAGUCUGGUACCCACACGGCUGACACAUGACAUUAAUCAAUGCUCUAGAUUUUGGUUUUCACUUUUUUAAAAAUCAUUAAAGCAAUUUUAUAAGGCAAUCAAUGAGAAAUGGAUGAAAUUGUUUUUUAAAGGUUAUUUUGGAUUUAAAGUUACUGUUUAAUUUAAAGACAAAGUUCUUUUUCUUCUGCAUAACGUUUUUACUUGAGGAAAUAGUCUUAUUUUAGUCUGCUCCUAACAUGGUUUAGAGUUGUCCUUCCUGGUGUCCCAUCACUAGUCCCUACAGUUUGUCUCAUAUUGGCAUUUAUAAUGCAGGUGAAUGUCUGCAGUGUUUGUAGCUUAAGAAAUAAACAAGAGAGACAGAAGCAACAAACUUGCAUGUCCUCAUUUGUCUAUGGCUACAAGUUUUACUUUUUGCAUAAUAAAUUGUAUCACCUGUGAUUUAUUUUUUGCUACCCACCUGUCCAAAAGUACAUAAUGGGUUGGUUUAUCUUUUUAAAUAUUGAAGCUUAUAAAUUAAUAUGUAUUUAUUAAAAAAAAAACAUAAGCUUUUGCACAAAAACAAAAGUAUGUAAACUCAUAAUUUGUUGUAGUGAACAAUGUUACAAGUUUUAUUUUUAAUUUAUCAUUGGUUUUUGCAAAAGUGUGACACACAAACACACAGAUACAACCAGUCCCAAUGUCCAACACACACACAACCAGUCCCAAUGUCUGACACACACACACACACACAACCAGUCCCAAUGUCUGACACACACACACACAAAACCAGUCCCAAUGUCUGACACACACACACACAACCAGUCCCAAUGUCUGACACACACACAUACAACCAGUCCCAAUGUCUUACACACACACACAGAUACAACCAGUCCCAAUGUCUGACACGCACACAUACAACCAGUCCCAAUGUCUGAUACACACAUACACAACCAGUCCCAAUGUCCGACACACACACAUACAACCAGUCCCAAUGUCUGACACGCACACAUACAACCAGUCCCAAUGUCUGAUACACACAUACACAACCAGUCCCAAUGUCUGACACACACACACGUACAACCAGUCCCAAUGUCCGACACACACAUACACAACCAGUCCCAAUAAGCUAAGUAUUAUUAGAGACAAUGGCAAUACCUGCUGCAGUUAUUUUACUUUGUUAUAAUUUAUAAUGGCAUAAUUAAUAUAAGAUUAACGUAACCCAUUUUUAGUUUAUUCUUUUAAAAUGUAUCUACUUUGCAUCUUUAUUACAGACAUAUAUGGUUUGAAGAAUUAAAAAAAAAGGAUAUUUUAGAUUUCUUGUAUAAUUACUUUAGAUAAACUUACUUAACACAAGGUGAGAUGGUGUAAUCAAAUGGUAGAGCAUUUGGCUGCUAGCUUGAAGGUCUUGAGUUUGAAUCUCACUUUGGACCAGUAAGUGUAGGAUGUUCUGAGUCCACCAAGCUCUGAUUGGUACCUGACUAAGGUUGGGGAAACUACAGGUGGCUGAGGAUAGUUCUGACCACACUUUCCCUUCAUAUGCGAGGUCAAGAAACAUACAAGCUCCACUUCUUCUGCCCAGUGGAUCACUAGGUCUAAAGAGGAACUUCACUUACUUUAACAAGCUAUUAUGUAGCUUUGUGUGCUUAUAUCUACAAUUCAAUGUAUAUCAGACAUUAAAUGCACACAUUGUAUCAUGGUGUGAUUGAGAAAGAAUGUCCAUGAAAUUUGACAAGUGAUGUUGCAACAUACUAUUCUUUAAAAAAGCACCGUUUACUCAUGAACAUAGAAGAAAUUGUACACGCACAUUUUCUGCUGGAAGAUAAAUUUGCUUGUUAUUCCUAGAAGAUAUUAUGUGUGAAUAAAACAAAUUGAAAAAUGUAAAAAGUUAUUUGUGAAAGUCGUAAAAAAUUCUAUGUAACAAAAAUCAGUUUUAUUCUUAAUAUUUUUCAUGUAAAAUGUGCAUGUCUCAAUCUUCCUUGUUUAAAUCUCUUUAUUGUAAUCUCUCUGCAUACUAUCUUUAUUUUCUUCUCUUUAAUGAUGUCAUUUUGGUCAAACAAUUGAAAUUUUAUAAAC